AUGGACGCAAGAGUGCCCUUAUCGCAUUCCUUAUGGUCACCAUACGACACAGUUAAAGAUUCAGCUGAUUCAUUAGGGAUCAAUCUACCUGAUGAAGCAGCCAAGAACAUUGCCAUGGAUGUUGAAUAUCGAAUCCAUGAAAUACUUGAACUAGCAAUCAAAUUUAUGCGUCAUUCGAAAAGGAAAAUGUUAAUGACUAGUGAUAUAGACUAUGCGUUAAAAAUCCUCAAUGUUGAGCCACUUUACGGAUAUGAUAAUUCACAACCGUUAAAUUUCAAAGAAACAAUGGUUGGAGCUGGUGGGCAAACAUUGUAUUAUGUUGACGAUCAAGAAAUUGAAUUUGAAAAAUUGAUUAAUCAAGAGUUGCCGCAAGUUCCACGAAGAUGUAAUUUUACUGCUCAUUGGUUGGCUAUUGAAGGGGUUCAGCCUAUGGUUCCUCAAAAUCCAUUACCUUCAGAUAUAAAGAAUUUACCUCCUGCAAUUAGAGGUGCUACCUCAUCUUAUUUGGGUAAUGAUAUCUUGACAUGGGGAAGUAACUCCGCUACUGGCGUGGAUGGUCAAGAUGGUGCUGAAGAUGGAGCAAAGAAUAAGAAUCCAACAGAUAAAGAAUUCGACACUAAACCACUAGUCAAGCAUGUUCUCUCAAAGGAAUUGAAAUUAUACUUUGACAAAGUUGUCGAAGUGUUAAUAUCUACCGACCCAGAAAAGGAAAGUUUGAAAAACGCAGCAUUAACUUCAUUGAAAUCCGAUCCUGGUUUACAUCAAUUAGUCCCCUACUUCAUCCAAUUCGUAGCUGAACAAAUCACCAAUGAAUUAAGAAACAUUGAAAUCUUAUCAACCAUGUUAGAAGUCAUCUCAGCAUUAGCUGACAACAAGACCAUUUUUCUUGACCCUUACGUCCAUGCAUUAAUGCCAUGUGUCUUGACUUUAUUAUUGGCAAAACGGAUAGGUCCUAUUGUUAAAGAUUCAACUGAAAAUUAUCAAGAAACAUUAAGGAAUCAAUUAGCAGUACGUGAAUUUGCUGCCAUUUUGCUUGAACAUAUAAUCAAAGUACAUGGAUCGUCUUAUUCUACAUUACGACCAAGGGUAACGCGAACUUUAUUACGUGCAUUACUUGAUUCAACCAAACCCGUGGGAACGCAAUAUGGUGCGUUAUUAGGAUUGAAGAAUUUUGGUAAUGAAGUAUUGAAGUUGGUUCUAGUUGGUAAUUUGAAAAUUUGGUAUAAAUCAGUUGUCGAACAGAAUCAAUCACAAUUUGAACGGGAUAUCUUGAUAAAUACUGUGCUUGAUAUACUACGAAAAUUGAGUGUUAAGCUCGACACGAGUGAUAGUGGAGAUAACAUGGAUGUUGAUGACGGAUCUAAUUUAUCAGAUGAAAUAAAGGAUAAAUUAAAACAAAGAGUCGGUGAACCAUUGGCUGAAUUGGUGCUAAAACAACCAGAUGCAAAAGAUAUAGUAAGAGGUAUAUUCUUCGGUGAAAUAGCAGUGUGA